ACUGACGCUCAGCUUACUCAACACUAGUUCUGGGGUUAAAGUCACUCUCAUCUCUCUGAAAUGAAGCUGGGAAGAAAGAAAGACUCCUCUUCUGCUGACUUACUAUGAGACCGCUUGGGUCACCUACAAUAAAAGCUGUAUUUAUCAGAGAUGUCCAGCACCACUGUGUCCCCAAAAGUGUCCUCCGCGGACCAGCGGACGAUCGUCGUGGGUGCAUCCUGUUGUCUGGUGUUUUUCUCCAUGAUCGCGGUGCUGCUGUUGAUCGUGUACCGGAAGGUUCCUCUCUGCUGCAAGACGAGGGUUUAUCAGGAGUCUCGCACUGACACGGAGUCUCCUCAGUGCUACAUCAGCAGACAGACUCUAGUUGCUUCGUCUGAUGCUGAACAAACACAUGGCACGGGUCUUGAUCAUGUGAAUGCGCAGUCGGGUUCGUUGUUCUUCAUUGGUGUGCCGAGCAGCUACUACCUUUCCUCACUGGAUCCUCCUCUUCCUCGUCUGCCCUCGUACGAGAGCGUCCGCAAGAAAGACCGACAGCGGCAGAUCCACAUGAUGAUAGCCGACCGCUUCGGCCUGAACGCACCUGUUGUGACAGAGCUGCCUCCCACGUAUGAGGAGAGCGUCCGUCAGUCAGUCCAGUCCAUCGACGUCCCGUUUGACAUCCUGGUACCUGAGGAGGAGCCGCCACAUGACCCAGCUACAGAUUUACCUGCGUAUGAAGAUCUACCUCAAAUCACAGACUCACUAGAUCUCAAUGACACUCUUAACUAAAGCGUGCUCAUGCACGGGAAGAAUGCCAUCUAUCCUCUGAGGAAGAAGAACAGCUGUUUGGCUGUCACUGCCCUGAUGAGCAGCCGGCGAGUGUGUGUGUGUGUGUGUGUGUGUGUGUGAAUCCACUGUGCUCGCAGAAGACCCCAAAAUAAGAGUAGGACUCGACCUAUGCAAUAACUUGCACUAGCACACUAUAUACGAGAGGAGAAGGAUGCUGCAUCACUCCUGGGAAAAAGAGAGAGACGAACAAGAAUAUGCCAUUUGAAUUAUGAAUUUAAGUUCAAUCUCUGUUGACCUGAACAUGGACAUGAAUCUGCUAAUAUAUAGAAUUAUACUGACUAUAGAUAUUUCAGGGACUUUUCCAAGCCUAAAGAUUUAGAAAUCACAUUGCGUUCCAUGAUAUUACAUUAUUUUUCAUCUGCAGAAAAACUUAUUUCAGGAGUGGGGAAUGUUGAUUUCAUUUAGAUUAUAAAAAGUGAUAUCAGAUGUCCACAGUAACACAAGUGGCAUUUAUUACCUAUAAAUGAAGUCUAUUGUGAGUUGAUGUUUAAUGUUGGACAGAGAC